AUGAGCGAGCCGUACGAAGCCAGAGUGAGCAGCAUCAAUGCGGAGGCAGACGACAUUGAUGAAUCCUUCUUGGCCGACCUGAGUAACUUCAGCGACGCUGACGAUAGCCGUGAGGACGAGAAUUUCCUGGAUAUGUACAACCUAACGCCUAAAGAACGAUUAUUGCAUACUAUAAGGCGGAGUAUCAAUGGACUCAGCGAUCAGUUCUACAGAUUGGCCCUCUGGAAGCGAGUGUUGAUUGGGAUCUUCACUGCUUGCAUAGCGGUGCUGGCCAUUCUGAUGCUUAUCUUCCACAACUCGAUACUGCAGAAAGUGGUGGAGAUGUCGGACGAUCUGAAAGAUAAACGCAUUACGCCACUUGUGCUGGUUCUACUCAUCUUUUCUGUCGGUUUCCCACCGAUGAUCGGGUUCUCGUUGUUAUCUACUUGUACAGGACUGAUCUACGGUGUCAGCUUCCAAGGGUGGUUGAUUCUCUCCCUAGGGGCUGUUCUCGGGUCGAUAGCGUCGUUCUGUCUGUUCAAGACGCUGCUGCAAUCGCAGGCCCAGAAACUCGUACAUUCCAAUCGCCGAUUCGAGGCGUUCGCUGCAAUCCUGCAGGAGAACAAUAGCUAUUGGGUCUUGGCGUUGCUCAGACUUUGUCCUUUCCCUUACUCGCUAACCAACGGUGCCAUUGCAGCUGUUUACGGAAUUUCGGUGCGCAAUUUCUCCAUUGCGCAGGCGAUCACGACGCCCAAGUUGCUGAUCUACCUGUUUAUUGGCUCUAGAAUUAGGAGCAUGGGUGAGGAUGAAUCGGCAGGGUCGAAGCUCUUCGACCUCAUGAGCAUUAUCAUUGCAGUCGCAGCCUUUACAGUGACAGCAUGGGUCCUUUACGCCAAAACCCAAAGAAAGUUCGCGGAAAUUCUGCGUCGGGAGCGACAGUUGAACUCUAGCAGUGAUCUCGUCUUUGAUCCUUCCUUUGAAGUCUAA